UUGAUUACAAGAGUUCACAAAUAUUGAAACCAAACCUCGAUUAUUGUUUUACUAAUUGCUUGUCUUUAAUUGGUUAAACAGACCAGUGAGAGGUGGCAUUUUAAGAUACACUCUCAAUUGCAACGAAUUCAAAUAAAUCAGAUCGGAUCGCCGUUAGAUUCCGACGGAGGAGAGAGUUAUUGGCGAUGUUGAGGUCACGGCGUUCACGUUCCCGUCACGGUGCACAAGCUUGCGCCGUUAUGUCUGCCGUUCUUCUUCUCGCUUCCGUCUCACUUCUCUACACUCGUCUCUCACUCUUCUCAUCUCACUCGCCGAAUCACCUCCGCUCUGGCUCCAGCGAAGACACAGUUUUGUUCCCUGAUUCUGUCCUCGUCUCAGAUUCCGACGUUGAAACCACCGGCGGAGGAGGAAGAGGAUCCACUACCUCAACCGAAGACAGAAUCGACGAGCACGACGAUGCGAUCGAAGACGACGGCGUUUCGAAUGAGGAAGAUGAGAAUCAAGACGCAGAGCAAGAGCAAGAAGUGGAUCUUAAUCGGAACAAGGCUGCUUCAUCUUCUGGGUUUUACUUCGAUCAUGUUAAUGGAGUUAUAAGAAGAGCUUUCAAUAAACGAUCUAUAGAUGAAUGGGAUUACGAUUACACAGGUUUUAGUAUAGAUUCUGAUAGUUCAGGAGAUAAGAGUAGUAGAGCUGCGUUUGGAUCUGAUGAUGUUCCUUUAGAUGAAUCUAUUCGUAGGAAGAUUGUUGAGGUUACGAGUGUGGAAGAUGCCUUGUUGUUAAAAUCUGGUAAAAAGGUCUCGCCUUUGAGACAAGGUUGGGGAGAUUGGUUUGAUAAGAAAGGUGAUUUCUUGAGGAGAGAUAGAAUGUUUAAGUCGAAUAUUGAGACUUUGAAUCCGUUGAAUAAUCCAAUGUUGCAGGAUCCUGAUAGUGUUGGGAAUACUGGAUUGACUAGAGGUGAUAAGGUUGUGCAGAAAUGGAGGUUGAAUCAGAUUAAGAGAAACCCUUUUAUGGCAAAGAAGCCAUUGAGUGUUGUUUCAGAGAAGAAGGAACCAAAUGAGUUUAGGUUGCUGAGUAGUGUUGGUGAGAUCAAGAGAGGUGAACGUAAGACAUUAGACAAUGAUGAGAAAAUUGAGAGAGAGGAACAGAAGAAUGUGGAAUCUGAGAGGAAGCAUGAUGAGGUUACAGAACAUAUGUAUGCAGAUGGAACAAAAUGGGGAUAUUAUCCUGGUAUAGAACCGAGUUUGUCGUUUUCGGAUUUUAUGGAUUCGUUUUUUAGAAAGGAGAAAUGUUCUAUGAGAGUGUUUAUGGUGUGGAAUUCACCUGGUUGGAUGUUUAGUGUUAGACAUCAAAGAGGGCUUGAGAGCUUACUGUCUCAGCAUCGAGAUGCUUGUGUUGUGGUUUUCUCAGAGACUGUUGAGCUUGAUUUCUUCAGGAACAGCUUUGUGAAAGAUAGUUAUAAAGUUGCUGUGGCAAUGCCCAACCUUGAUGAGUUGCUGCAGGAUACUCCUACUCAUGUAUUUGCUUCUGUAUGGUUUGAUUGGAGAAAAACUAAGUUCUAUCCUACUCACUACAGUGAACUCGUUCGGCUUGCCGCCCUUUAUAAAUAUGGCGGGGUUUACCUCGAUUCUGAUGUGAUAGUUUUGGGUUCAUUAUCGUCUUUGAGAAAUACUAUUGGCAUGGAGGAUCAGGUAGCCGGUGAAUCACUGAACGGUGCUGUUAUGUCAUUCGAAAAGAAAAGCCCAUUCUUACUUGAAUGCUUGAACGAGUACUACUUGACUUACGAUGAUAAGUGUUUGCGAUGCAACGGAGCAGAUCUCUUGACCCGAGUAGCUAAACGGUUUUUAAACGGGAAGAAUCGGCGUAUGAAUCAACAGGAGCUGAACAUUCGACCGUCCUCUGUUUUCUUCCCAAUCAACUCACAACAGAUCACAAACUAUUUUGCAUACCCUGCAAUAGAAGAUGAGAGAUCGCAGCAAGACGAAUCGUUCAAGAAGAUACUCAAUGAGUCCUUAACGUUCCAUUUCUGGAACAGCGUAACUUCCUCACUGAUCCCUGAACCUGAGAGCCUUGUGGCUAAGUUCCUUGAUCAUAGUUGUAUCAGAUGCUCCGAUGUAUUAUAAAACUAUUUUUUUGAUAAAAUCAUUUAUAUAUAAAGAUUACAUUUUUGCAACUC